GCUGAGGGUGUGUGUAUAAGCUACAUCCACGUUCUUCAGCAUCUGUGGUUCAUGAAAGACAUGUCCUAACAUUUGCUCUGUAAAUGAAUGAGCAAUACAACGACAAAUAUAUAUUUGGCUGAGCAACGCCAAACUGGCUCCGGGCUGACAGAAUCCCACUUCUGUGGGGCUGAUGAAGCCAGUCAUGGCUCUCAGGAGAAGACCGGGGACCAGAGCCAUUGUUUCAGAGCUCAACCCGUCUGCCUCUAGCACUGCGGCUGAGGGAAGUGAAAAGCUCUCUGGAGAUGGAGUUGAUCCAAUUCCUGAGGAAAUUGGACAGGAAAAGCUGGACGUCCAACCACCCUCACCUACGACAGAUAGGUUCUGUCUAAGUGAUGAGUCUGGGGACGACUCCAUCCAAGGCGAAAGUCCUCUUCAGCAGGACAGCAUGGAGGAGGACUCACUGUCCGAGUAUGAUAAUGUCGUAUCUGGGGAAGAGGAAGAAGAAGAGGAGCAUGAUUAUGAGGAAGAUGAGGAACUGCAAACUGAAGCGGACAGGAUGACCUACUAUGUCCACUGUUGUCCUGAAGAUGAAAGCUACAUGGAAGGAAUGGACUGCCAUGAAGGUGCGGACGGUGCUGAGUGUCCUGGCACAUCUCGGGACGUCCAGGAUAGCUGUAAACCGAAGGAGGCUUGGGAAAACUCAGAAGGCUUUUACAAGGUUCUGCAACAAGAUGCAACAACGAUGGUCUACAAACGACCAGAGCCUAUCACGGAAACAACCUUCGUACAAGCCCCCAUGGCUGAGGAUGAGGAGGAUGAAGAAGAAACAGAAGAAGAAGCAGAAGAAGAGGACAGCGAAGAAGAAGACAACAUUGGGUUUUUUCACUGCGAAGGGAAAGAAGUGGAGUUGAACAAUAAUGAGAUCCCACUUAAAGCUGCUAACGUCUUUCCCAGAGAUGGCAGAAGUCGUCCUCAAGAGUCCAAUUGUGCUAAAAUGGGACAAGAAAGUGAUGCAGUUAACAGCUAUAGAAGGAAUCAAGACGUCCCCAAAAACUCAAGGGAUGUCCCUCCAGGGUCAAGUUGUCCUCGAAGGGAUCCAACAGAAAGAGUUCAGGAAGAGUGUGCGAGUGACGAUCCAAAAGAUUGUGAUGUCCCAGUGGUCAGAGAAGGUAGAGGAGACCCUAGACAAAGUUUUAGAUAUAAAGGGCAUCAGUCGGAGAGAGUACACAACAGAGACACCGCUUACCAGGAGAGUAGCGGGGUCAGCAAUAAAGCUAAAUUCGCAGAUCCAGAGGACAGCAGCGUUUGGAAAAAAAGACAUUUGCUAAAAUACUCUAGAGAGGACGACAGGGACGGAGAUGGGAAACAUUCACACGAGCAAAGUCUUAGGGAAGGCAAAAACAGAGGACAGGACCGUCCCAUUUGUAGUCACAAACCAAAGGGUGGAAAAGAAAGAAAAAGCGUUGGGGAUGUUGAGGAAGUGCAGAUUGAGAAUGGAGUUAAGACCAAACUCAAAAUUGCUCCAAACAACUCAGGGAGGAACAAAGGUGCACCUGAUCAGAAAAAUAAAGGGAAAGUAGCUCCGGACAAUUCCAGGGCUUCUUCAACAUCAUCAGACAGGAGAAACAGCCAAUCCAGAGCCCACAUUAAUACACCUGCACAGUCCCCAGACAAACGGCUGCAUAAAGACUUGACCAAACCUGUUGAAAAGGAGAAGACAAAGCCUAUUCAGGAAGAGGUUUCUCAGAGUAGUCCAGAGGACAGUAGUAGUACAGAGCCACCAUCUGGACAAAAGCAACCGCAGCCGCAGAGAAAUCCCUCUUUCCCAAGCUUUGUGGAUAUCCCUGGUCCUUGUGAGCCAGAAGAUCUCAUCAAUGGAAUCAUCUUUGCUGCAAACUACCUCGGCUCUACCCAACUUCUCUCUGACAGAAACCCGUCCAAAAGCGUACGCAUGAAGCAAGCGCAGGAAGCUGUGGACUACGUUAGGUCUGCAGAGGGUGAAGCUCAGAGUUUAACAGAGAUUGAUUUGUUCAUCUCAACCAAGGCCAUCAAGGUGCUCAAUGCUGACACACAGGAGACGAUGAUGGACAACGCCCUCCGCACCAUCUCAUACAUCGCCGACAUCGGUAACGUGGUGGUGCUGAUGGCUCGAAGGCGUCUGUCGAACUCCUCCUCGCUCGACUGCACAGAUUCAGGCCUCAGCACAGAAAACCGGAAGCAGUACCGCAUGAUGUGCUACGUCUUUGAGUCAGAGGAUGCUCAGCUCAUCGCACAGUCCAUCGGUCAGGCGUUCAGCAUGGCCUACCAAGAGUUCCUGCGAGCCAAUGGGAUCAAUCCUAAGGACCUCAGCCAGAAAGACUACAGCGAUAUCCUCAACACACAGGAGAUGUACAAUGACGACCUCAUCCAUUUCUCCAACUCUGAAAACUGUAAAGAGCUCCAGCUAGAGAAGCAGAAAGGCGAGAUGCUGGGUGUGGUGAUCGUAGAGUCGGGCUGGGGCUCCAUCCUGCCCACCGUCAUCCUGGCCUGCAUGCUGAACAACGGCCCUGCCGCCCGCUCCGGCAAACUCAACGUGGGCGAUCAGAUCAUGGCCGUCAACGACACCAGUCUGGUGGGCCUGCCGCUCGCCACCUGUCAGGGCAUCAUCAAGGGCCUGAAGAAUCAUGUUCAGGUGAAACUAAGUGUGGUUAGUUGCCCACCAGUUACUACAGUCCUCAUAAAGAGACCCGACCUGCAAUACCAGCUUGGUUUUAGUGUUCAAAACGGCAUAAUCUGUAGUCUGAUGCGUGGAGGUAUUGCAGAGAGGGGCGGUGUGCGAGUCGGCCACAGGAUAAUUGAGAUAAACGGACAGAGCGUAGUCGCUAUGGCGCAUGAGAAAAUCGUUCACGCCCUUUCAGUAUCUGUAGGAGAGAUUAACAUGAAAACUAUGCCUGCCGUCAUGUUCAGGCUGUUAACUGGCCAAGAGACUCCGGUGUACAUAUGAGGAAUCGUAAAACUGAGACUUUUUCCUGAAAAAUAAAAAAAAAAAGUUUACAGCUUCUCCUAAAAAUGCAGAAAAAUAUUGAAGAGCUCUGUCUUGCUGUAGACUGCAUGUAAAGAUCAUUAGAAAGAGUGAAAACAUACUGUACACACAAAGAAAACCUAGUCAUGUAAUUACCUGAUCAAAGCAGUGCUGUUGCUUAUUAAUGCGAUUAUACAGAUAGUCUUCGAUGCCAUACUUAUUCAUUUGUAUAUAUGUUAAAUGCCUUUGGUUCAAGCCUUUUUGAGUUUCUAAACUAACAACGUACUCUUAAAUUAAAAAAAAUACCAAGUGACUGCACUAAAGUUCACUUAAUCGGUAAAGUAGGGCAUUGUUAAUAGAUUUAAUUUUUAGCAAUACUCAUUUCACAAUUAACAAAUGGACUAAAGCAUGCUAAAAUCCAAAGAUUACUGUUACAUUUGUCAAACAGGCUGCAUUUUUGUUUUUCUGGCUGUCUUCAGUGUCUCUGUGGUAAAUGGGUACUGUACACUGUGAAUGAACCAUUUCUGUAGAUUAAUAGUUCAGCAUGUCAGAUUUGAAAACUCAAAAUAUACUAAUCAGAAAACCCUGCAUUUAUGUUUAUGCAUGAUGUUAUAAAUAAUGAAUGGAUAUUAUCUCAUGAAUGAACCCCUGUCUGCAUUUCAGGCAUUGCUGAUAAAUAUCAGUGUUAUUUUAGUAUCAAUAGAUAGUAUUAUUAUUUUUAAAUGAGGUUUAUUUUCUUUUUUUAAUAUCUCUGUAUAGUUUACAGGUUGUUGAUACAGUUAUAGAUAUUUUAGAACUUCAAGAUUUUUUUCAUACACAACACCAGUUAAAAGUUUUUGAACAGUGAGAUUUUGAAUGUUUUUUUUAAAGAAGUCUCUUCUGCUCACCAAUC